ACUUAAACACCCCGGGGUCCUUGUGCAGAUUUUUUUCAGCCGGUUUUUUUUCAGGUUCUAAACAUAAAUACUGAACGAAAACACGUACUGUACAGACUAUUACACCUUUUCAGCGUUUUAUCGGUCUGCCAUGAGUUUUUGAGAGGAAAAUAUCUAAAAAUGUCAACAAUGGCGUGAUACUUUGUUACCUUUGCUUCUCUAGUCCAGUUAGACACCGGUUUAAAUCGGUUUUAUAAUUAGGAUCACCGAGUGCAAAACAGUGAUUUGACCUCAUAGCAUCAAAAUCUUCAGCUGCUGGACAAAAUCCAAGUCCGCGUGAACAGACGAGCACCUAUCUCGGGCUCGUGCUACCGGUUAUAGUGGAGCGGGACGCCGGUGUGAGAGGCGCGGGGAGCGGAGCGGUGUCGGUUCUCGUACCCGGGCUGGUGGAGGAUAUCAUGGCUGCGGGAAAGGGAGCUGGGAAGCCCGCGUCGCUGUGGGACAAUAUGCGGAUAAGGUUCAUCGUUUGCUUCCUUGGAGUCUUCGUUUGCUAUUUUUAUUACGGGAUACUGCAGGAAACAAUCACUCGGGGUGAUUAUGGAGGAGAGAAAUUCACAUUCGCCCGUACUUUAGUCUUCAUCCAGUGCAUCAUCAGUGCUAUUUUUGCUAAACUCUUAAUCCAGUGUUUUGAGAGCUCCAAACCAGAUCACACUACGAACUGGCUAUAUGGUUUGUGUUCUCUCUCUUAUCUUGGAGCCAUGGUGUCCAGCAACUCGGCACUUCUGUACGUCAACUACCCCACACAGGUGCUGGGGAAGUCCUGCAAGCCCAUACCAGUGAUGAUUCUUGGCGUAACGAUACUAAGGAAGAAAUAUCCCCUGGCUAAGUACCUGUGUGUGCUGCUGAUCGUGAGUGGUGUUGCUCUCUUUCUCUACAAACCCAACAACGGCUCAGCUGUGACUGAUGACCAUAUUUUUGGCUUUGGAGAGAUUCUGCUUCUGGUCUCUCUGACACUGGACGGCCUGACUGGUGUGGCCCAGGACCACAUGAGGGCUCGCUUUCAGACCAGUGCCAACCACAUGAUGCUCAAUAUCAACAUGUGGUCCAUUCUGAUACUGGGAUUAGCUGUGUUGUGGACCGGAGAAGUGUGGAAGUUCCUGACUUUUGCUGAACACCACCCGAGCAUCUUCUACAACAUUCUUUUGUUUGGUUUGACCAGUGCUUUGGGUCAGACCUUCAUCUUUAUGACUGUCGUGUACUUUGGACCUCUGACCUGCUCCAUUGUCACCACCACAAGGAAGUUCUUCACCAUUCUCGGCUCUGUUAUUUUGUUUGGUAACGUCAUGAGUGGGAUGCAAUGGCUCGGCACCAUCCUGGUGUUCCUUGGUCUUGGUUUGGAUGCAAAGUUUGGAAAAGCCCCAAAGAAAACCACACACUAAGAAACUUGCAGCACACAGGAGCAACAAGUGAACACUGCAAGAAAAACUCUUACUAGAAUCCUAUUUCCAGAAGAUCUCGUAUCCAGAAUAACUGCUUGUUUUGUUAAAUAGUGGUCUCAUAUUUAACUGUUCUUAAGAGACAGUUUGUUUUCAACUUUGAUUUGUUAGCUGAUGAGCUGAAGAGACGUGUGAUACAUCGGAUCAAGCCCAGAGGGAACUGUGAUGAGCCAUCACCAUGCCAACCACAAGCCUCUAAAUGUAUGUGGAAGAAUUAAACUGGCUGUUCCACACAGAUUGUACAACUGAAUCCAGCUGACUUAAGCUCAACCUCUGAACAUCUGUAUGAGUUAAGUAGGCCUACAAAUACAUUUCCAGCAUUGAACUAAAAAGAAAGUUUUACAAAUCCAGUCUCGAAUGUGUGCAACCAUCACAUUUUGUUUAUUACUUUGAAAACAGCAAAGUCUGUUGGAAGAAAUGUAAACAGUUGUAUGUAGCCUGUUUGUCCAGUCUUACUAUUAUAUUGUUUCUACUUUUAUUUUCUUAAAACAACAAAAAACCUUACCAUAAAGGGACAUUCUUAUAA